GACGAUCACACACCAAAAAUGAGUGAGGACACUCCACCCUCAAUACAUACAAUUUGCCGCACUUGUUUGUCCAACUUGCAAGAAGAUGAAUCCUUCGACCUGUUUGUUGUUCCGGACCUGGCCAAGAAGUUGUGUGUGUGUACUUCGCUGUCGGUGGAGCACCUGGAUGGAUUCCCGAGGAACCUCUGCACAACCUGUCACAGCCGUUUAAACGAUUUGCACGACUUUCAGAAGCAAUGCGUGGAAUCUGUGCAGAGAUUCAAGGAGUUAAUGUCCAGAAACACCUUCAUAAUCCAAACGAUGCCGGAGGAAGAUGCUGUCACUGAAAAGGAACACAUUAACUUUGACCCACUAUUGAAUACUAAAAUGGAAAUUGACAACGAGGAGGAUGUUUUUAAAAUGCUUGAAGAUGUUGACAAAGAAUCCGACGAUGUAGACAAUUUGGAGGAUGCAUUUAAUGAUAGUGGAAGCGACUAUAACAAUGAAGAUGCGGACUUCCAAGUGGAUAGCAGCGAUUCCGAUGAUGAGAUGCCGCUGUCCAGCCUGCGAAGUAAUUCAAAGACCACAAAGUCCAAGGCCAAAAAGGUUGAUAAGAAUAAGCCUAAAGAGAAGCCGAAACGUAAGCGUGUUCCAGCUGCUGAGCGGCAUUUACAUCGCACCAUAGAAUGUCACAUUUGUAAUCAGAAGUUUAUUAAGUCAUCAUGUUACGAGGAGCAUAUGAAACACCACAAUGAUCAAUUGCCAUUUCAGUGUUCAGUGGAGAAGUGUAAAAAGGGAUUCACGACUUCUACAGGACUAAAGCAUCAUAUGGAGCAUACGCACACGGAGCUAUGCGAUCUUCACCCCUGCACGGUCGAAGGAUGCAGUGAAUCCUUUGCACAAACUCGAAUGCUGACUCAACAUCUGAGAAAAGUACAUAAUAUUGCCAAGCCUAUUAUACAUCCUUGUCCGGAAUGCGAUAAAGUAUUCCGUUGUCCAAUGGCUCUGAAGAAACACAUGUAUGAUCACACUGGAGAGGAGCUGCCCUUCGGCUGUAACAUCUGCCAGAAACGCUAUCGAGUGAACACUGAACUUCGAGAUCAUCUACUACGACAUGCCGGAAUCAAAAACUUUGUUUGUCCUUAUUGCGGUGUGGGAAAAACAACUAAACAGGAGUUGGACAAGCACAUGCUGACUCACACAAAGGAAAAGAAGUUCAAGUGUGAUCAAUGCGAUCAUACAUCCUCGAGUAAGCAACGUAUGUCCAAGCACAUCAAAGUGGUUCACUUGAAAAUCAAGGACUUUGUCUGCCAGUAUUGCCCUAAAUCCUUUAGCACUGCUUAUGACUGCAAGAUCCACGAGAGGUUGCAUACUCGGAAUAAUUGUUUCGAGUGCACAAUCUGUGGAAGAAACUUUCUUUUUGAGAGCAGAUUAACAAAGCAUUUGCGGACUCACGAGAAGCGCAAAAUUAAAUCUGCUACGAGCUCCAAAAAGUCGGAAACUGAUGGGGAUGCUCAGAAGGAUUCGAAUGAACCGGAAUCCGUAAUGAAAGUACCAGAAAUUCCUCCCAAGCCAAGGGAUCCACGUCGAGUUGAGGUAGUGGAUAUGUCUCAACUAGCUGGCACUGCGGUUAAUCCCUUUCCAUCCGUAUCGUUAUCAUCAUGGUCCACGCAAGAGGACUUCAACAAAAACGAGGGUCAGCAUACUUGUCCGGAAUGUGGCAAAAACUUUAACAAAAUUGCUGGUUUGAAACUGCACAUAAAAACGGUACACGAUAAGGUCAAGGACUUCGCCUGUCGUUUCUGUCCCAAGCGUUUUAGCAAGUCCUAUCAUCUUCGUCAUCAUGAGUAUACACAUACGGGGGAAAAGCCGUACGAGUGCAAAGUAUGCAAUCAGAACUUUAGGCAUGACGCAACCUUACGAAAGCACAUGGAAUCACACAACAGACCACGAAAAGAACCAAAGGAACCAAAAAAGCCCAAGCCCAAGCCAAAAGAUCCUUCAACAGAUCCUCCGGUGCCUAGAGUCAGAUUGAAUACGGAACCAGUAAAGAAUUACGAGCAGUAUCAAGAUCCAGAUGCAGAACGAGCAGCUGCAACGGCUCAAUUGAUGGCCCACCAACUGGAAGAAAGUGAAGCGAUGCGUAAGGCGGAAGCAAAAACCCGGGAAAUUCAAGAGGCAGCAUGCGAGCAGCUCCAGAAAUUACAACAGCAGCCGAUUUCCUACGAUAACUUCACAAAAUGAAGCUUCGAACAGAAUAUAUAAAUAAUUCUUAGUAACCUAUUAUAAUUUGAUAUUGUAAGUUAGUUGCAUAAAUGUUUCCAUUAAAGUAUUAACGCACUUUUAUUGUUAGUAAACAAUAACUGGCAUAAUUAAACAAUUUAUUAAAUUCUAAAU